UGUUGUUUUGUAUCUUGUAACCGACCAUCUCGUUUAAAUUUCCUAAUUCUAGAUUUUUACUGUAAAGAAUCUGGUUAUCUAGCAAGAUACAAUGAAAUGUUAGGGUAUAUACUUUCUAAUCUAAACAACAUUUGGAUUAGUAAUUAUUGCUUAUCUAUUUAACUAUUAUGAAGCUACACAUAAUUCGAUAAGUUUUAGAAAUACGAUUUUUUAUAACGAAUAAUAAUAGACGUUUUAAAAGAUGGAUAUUCAAAUUUUAAACAUUAAUCAAGAUUUACCCAAAGAAGUUGAGUCUGCUACAAAAUUGCUAGUGGAUUCAUUCUUAUCAAACCUUUAUCCAUUUUUACAAAAACUUGGAUGUAAAAUAGGAAAUUAUUUAAGAAAUGACGAACUCCGUGAAAAUGUUACUAAUAUACAUAAGGUGUUUGCACUUUGUGUCAGCCAGAUUAACAAGUGCUAUGUAUCAUUCAUAGAUAUUUUAAAGUUGGAAAAUCAUGAGCAAUUAUUAUUGUUGGAGAGUAGAAGAUGUACUUUGGAGAGGCUUUCAUGGUGCUGCAGUAGGUUGGUUGUGAUUGAGGAUAUGUUAGAAGGGAUUACUAAUAACAAUGGACAAGACAGUGCCUUGGAUGAAUCCAUCUUUGACCCGCCUCUGUAUUUUGUUAAUUGGAUUGAUCAAACUUUUGAUGAUUUAAAAACUUUAACUGAUUUAGUAUCACUCAGUGAUGCAGAUUCAGAACAAUAUGAACAGUGGACAAUUAAUAUGGUUGAAUGUUUGAAAAGUUUACACAAUUCAAUUGAUGAGUUAUUAUUAUCAGCUAUGACACUAUGCCGUUACUGUCUGCCUGCAGAUCAGCACGCUAUAAAAGCUAGAUGCCAAGUGGUAUUAAGAGAAACAAAAACACUCUUAAGUGACGUGAUAGAUGGUGAUCUUGAUAUAGUGUUUAAUAAUUCAGACAUAUCAUUAAAUCUUCCAAUCAAACCGUCAAAUGUGAAUGUAUUGAUUGAUGUAUUAAGAGGUGCGCUCUAUGCGCUAGAAACUAAUACAAGUAGGGGUGUCUUAGCUUUAUUGGUUCAUUGUUUUAGUUAUAGUAUAUCACCAGUAGAUGUCUUGCAAAACCAUUAUAAAAGUAACAUGGGUACAUGUGACUGUUUGUCAAAAGGCGAAGAUGAAACGAAGAGUUGUGAUUUUGUCAAGGAAUUUGAUUUGCAUAAUGAGAGAUUACUGCAAAUUGGAUCUUUUGCAGUGUCAUGUUCUGCAGAUGACAAAAGGAUAUUAUCUAUACGCAGUAACUUAGCAUCUCUAGAGGCAUUAGACCCACAUCUAGUUCCUGCAUUGAUUAUGGCCCCGGAAAGCCAUCAUUCCAUGUUAUUGUGUAAUACAUGGAAUAAAGAAGUAUUGGAGAUCAAACAUAGUAUUUUCUUAAUUGUCGACCCUGCUGCAUUUUCAGAGAAAGCAAAACAAGUGAUGCAACAAAAACUUUUGGAAAUAAUAAAAGAUAAUGUAUAUGAGAAUAAUAAGAUUUGUUCCGUUAUAAAUAUUGGUUGUGUCGUUUAUGAAUUUUUUGAUGUUUACGAUAAAUAUGAACCGGACGCUAUCAAAGAGCGUGAACAAUUGAUUCCGUUGUUAUCAGAUUUAAAUAAAGUACAAUUAGAGUGCAAAGUGGUCAGCAAUCUCCUUAGUUCUGGAUCAGAUUUUAUUUAUAAAGUAAAAAAAUCUUCAAAACCAGUUACAUUUGAACAGAUGCUCAAACGUCUCAAACUUCUGUAUACGAUAAUUAACAAAAUAAAUAAAUUACUACGUCCCGAGGAAGAAAAUAAUUUCUUUGAUGAGGAAACAAUAGAUGAAAAUGGCACAUACACAGUAUAUAAAGUAAAUAACGAAACCUGUGUACAUUCAAAGGCUAAUUUAUCUAGAAGUGUAUUUGCUAGAACUAAUAUUCGUACUCCUUUCAAAUAUCCUCUUUUUAAAUUAACAAAACAUUUAAAACAGAAAAAUUUAAAUUCGAAUUUCUCAGCUCGUUUAGACGAAUUAUGUAACUCUAAAGUUAGUAAAAGAGAUUCUGUUUCUUGUUUUUAUUCGCCGAGAAAACGUCCGUCAUUGAGAAAGACUGUACUAAAUCGACAUCAGUUAACAUUCGAACAAGAUAUGAAUAAAGUUUGUGAAGAUAAUACUCAUAUUGAUGUCGAUUUGCAGAUUUCAGAAGUACUGAAGCAAAUAAAUAAUCUAACUUCAACAUUUUCGUCAAGACCGUUCAAGGCGGAAUUUUCUAAAGAACCUAGAAUAUUAGAUAAUCAAUCAAAAGGAGUAAAUAAAGAAGAAACAAUAUUUAAAAAUUUGGAUAUUUUAAUGGAUGGCAUUCCAGAAGUCAAUGUUUCAAGUUUGAGUAUAUCUCAACCAUCAAAUGUAACGACAUUAGAACGACUCAAUGAUUUAGAAUUUGUUGAAAGCAAGUUAACUGAUUUGAGAGUGUUACAACUCGAAACUAACUUAUAGGUGACUAGCUGUUGCCCGCGACUCCAGGCGGAAUAAAAAAAAGUUAAUUAGUAACGUAUGUGGUCUUCCAGAUUGUGUUCUAUAAUUGCCAAAUUUUGGAGAUACCUUAUAACAGACAUCCAUCCAUCCAUCUACAUAUUUGCAUUUAUAAUAUUAGUAAGAUUAAAAAUUUAUAAUAUUAGAAAGUUAAAGACGUAUUUUUUUCCUGAUUGUAUUCUGGUACUGUAAAAUUAA